UAUUGUUACACGGGACUGUCACAACGUUUUGCCGUAACAGUUUCCCUUUCACUGAUCGCCACAGACUCCGUUUGUUUAUUAUACCUAAACACCGCCGCACCGAUUACAUUACACACGUUGAUCAAACUCGAAGCUUCAUGAAUGUGCAGACAUCCGAUACGACAUAGCCUUCCCGUUAAGCUCAAAAAAAUUUAUCAGCAUUCAUUUUCGAGACUCGACAUCAACAGUCGUUAAUUACUGAAUUUAUCGAACAACAUCGUUGCCAUUUUUAACUCGUCGUAGGGUAUGAAGGUACAAAAUAAAUGAGCACAUAUCAUAUACGUGUUUCAAUUGAAUAUAAAAUGCCUUUAUCCGAAGCUCGGAGAUGUCUAGUCAUCAAAUUUACUUUAUUUCUAUUAUUAGCAACUCUUUCUGCUGGACAGUCAGUGGAUAAUAAUACAGUGUCUGGCCAAAUUAUAGCUAAUGGAGGUGGUGCUGCGGAAUUCCGUAAACAUUUUUCACAAUGCAAAGUGCAAACAAACGAGUUUGACGACUGUUUAAAAAAUGCAAUUAAUAACGUUCGAAGUUACUUCACCACCGGCGUGCCUGAACUUGGAAUUCCUCCUUUUGAUCCGUUUUUUGCUGCUGAGGUUAGACAAAGCAGAUCUUCUGGUCUAUUUGGAUACAAGUUAUCUAUAUUCAACGUUACUGAGAGUGGUUGGAAAGUUUCGGAAAUUCGUAAAGUCAAAACUAAUUUAAAUGCUAAUACGAUUAAAUUAACUCACUACUUCCCAGAAAAAUAUCUUGAAGGCUAUUAUGAGGUGGAAAAUACAUUACUACGUCCUGGCGUUACCACUGUUGGCCAGUUCAAUCUCACUUUAUUUGAUUAUAUACAAACAAUGACCAUAAGUAAACCAAAAAAUGCCAAUAAGAUUAAAGUAGCUGUACAACUUCUAGAAAUAGGUAAUAUGUCUCUUCAUAUAAGUAAUCUCAUGCGUGGAAGAGUCAUCAUAGAAAAUGUUUUGGAUAGAAUUAUUAAUGCUUCAUGGAGAGUUGGUUUACCAGUAGUAAAACCACUCAUUAACGAUCUUGUAGGAGUAGCUUUUACAAAAAUUUGGAAUGAUAUAUUUAAUAACUUUGACUUUAAGUUAAUUUUGCCAUAGGCUAUUGGACAUAUUUUAAAUAAUUUAAUGUGUGUAUAGUCAGUGAAUCAUUAUUUAUAUUUUCUCAUGGUAAAUAAAGAAUUUUUCAUUUAAACAUCUUUAGUUAAAUAAUGCUUAAAUUCGAGACUUGAAAAUUUUGUUAUUAUAUAUAAAAUUGGUUUAUGUAACACAUAAGUAAUUUUUACAGAUAAUU